AUGCUUAAGAAAAAAACAUUUGGGACAUCAACUGAAUACAUUUUUGAAUGUGAUGGUUGUAGUAAAAAAUUUUCAACAAAAGACAUUCUCGCCAAACACAUUUCAUACAGUCAUAAGACGCAAAAGAACUCAGACACCCCUGCAGUUCGGACACAAGUAGAACAAACUCCAGUACCACAACAAAUAGAAAUAUUUAAUUGUGAUAUUUGUGAAUUUAAAACAUCUCAAAAACGUUACAUAUUGGCACAUCUUAAAGCGCACGUCGCUAAACAAAUGUACUGUUGUAAUAAUUGUGAAUAUAAAUGUAUUAGUAAAAGUAAUUUGAAAACCCAUAUGAAAAUACACACCGGUGAAAAACCUUUUUCGUGUAAUAUCUGUGAAUAUAGAUUUACUAGAAAAUGUGAUAUGGAAACACAUAUGAAAAUACACACCGGUGAAAAACCUUUUUCGUGUAAUAUCUGUGAAUAUAGAUGUAUUAGGAAAAGUCAUUUGCAAAUACAUUUAAAAACACACACCGGAGAAAAACCUUUUUCGUGUAAUAUCUGUGAAUAUAGAUGUAUUACAAAAAGUUGUUUGCAAAUACAUAUGAAAACACACACCGGUGAAAAACCUUUUUCGUGUAAUAUCUGUGAAUAUAGAUGUAUUACAAAAAGUUGUUUGCAAAUACAUAUGAAAACACACACCGGUGAAAAACCUUUUUCGUGUAAUUUCUGUGAAUAUAGAUGUAUUGCAAAGAGUAGUUUGAAAACACAUGUGAAAAGACACACCGGUGAAAAGCCUUUCUCGUGUAAUAUCUGUGAAUAUAGAUGUAUUAAAAAGAGUAGUUUGCAAGAACAUAUGAAAAUACACACCGGUGAAAAACCUUUUUCGUGUAAUAUAUGUGAAUAUAGAUGUAUUACAAAAAGUCAUUUGCAAACCCAUAUGAAAAUACACACUGGUGAAAAACCUUUUUCGUGUAAUAUCUGUGAAUAUAGAUGUAUUACAAAAAGGAAUUUGCAAACCCAUAUGAAAAUACACACCGGUGAAAAACCUUUCUCGUGUAAUAUCUGUGAAUAUAGAUGUAUUAGAAAAUGUGAUAUGGAAACACAUAUGAAAAUACACACCGGUGAAAAACCUUUUUCCUGUAAUAUCUGUGAAUAUAGAUGUAUUAGAAAAUGUCAUUUGCAAAUACAUUUAAAAACACACACCGGUGAAAAAGCUUUUUCGUGUAAUAUCUGUGAAUAUAGAUGUACCACAAAAAGUAAUUUCCAAAGACAUAUGAAAAUACACACUGGUGAAAAACCUUUUUCGUGUAAUAUCUGUGAAUAUAGUUUUAUUACAAAAAGUCGUUUGCAAUCACAUAUUAUGAAAAUACAUACUGGAGAAAGACCUUUUUCGUGUAAUAUCUGUGAAUAUAGAUGUAUUACAAAAAGAAAUUUGCAAACCCAUAUGAAAAUACACACCGGUGAAAAACCUUUUUCGUGUAAUAUCUGUGAACAUAGAUUUAUUAGAAAAUAUGAUUUGCAAAGCCAUAUGAAAAUACACACCGGUGAAAAACCUUUUUCGUGUAAUAUCUGUGAACAUAGAUUUAUUAGAAAAGAUAAUUUGCAAAGACAUUUAAAAACACACACUGGCGAUAAACCUUUUUCGUGA